GACAUCUAUGAUCGGAAGACUAAAUCAGUGAUUGAUUUAAACUUUUAAUCAUCAAUGAUUUGACAUAUGUGAAAUUUUUUUUCAUAUAUCCAUAAUCGAAUCAAAUCAAAUCAAUCAUGAUGGAUUGGAAUAAAGAUCUGUGGAUUUACAAUUCGAAUAACAGCACCAACAAUGUAAAUGAUGAGCCAAUAAAUUCCUUGAUAAUCACAGAUGAUAAUGAUGAAGAAUAUACUGAAAAUCAACAUAUUAGCCGAUUGGAUAAUAUGAAACAACGAAUGUAUCGUUAUUUUCGUCGAUUAUGCAGAUUAUUUGUAACGAUCAACCUGAUCAUCAAUAUUAUUAUAAUUAUCUAUUUAUGGUCAAUGAACAUGUCAUUAAUUAGAAAUUUUUGUCCGCAUCAUGAUUGGACGGAAAUUCUAUUUACCAUUUAUCUAAUAGCCGGUGGAAUUAUAGCUGUUUAUUUGGUUUUACAUCUGAAAUCGUAUUGUUUAUUAUGGAUAUUUCAUUUGACAAUUUGGCUAGCAAUCGGUUAUCGUUUACAAACAACACGUCGUUAUUUUGAAUUCGAAUUUACUGAUGAUGAAUUGAUAUUCUAUCGAUCAUUGUUAAUGCCAUCGAAUAAAUUAUUGGCGAUCGGUGAAUGUGUUAUCGGAUUGAAUAUAUGGUUAUGUCUUGUUUAUAUAAUGAAUUUUUUCGGUACAAUUUUUCUUAUUUUAUCCAGUUUAAUACCAUCAAUGUUUCAGGCAUUUUGUUAUGUACAUCAUCAAAUUUUUAAUCAAUGAUUUAUUUUUUUCAAACAAAAAAUGUUUAUAAUAUAAUCACUUUGUUUGUGUACGGCUCUUGAUGUGGGCCAAAGAUUCGAAUGUUUUUAAGAUUCGAAUAAAUUCUGU